AUGAAUAAGGGUUAUAAAAUUGUGGGUUCUUGUACUGGGUUGCUCUGUCUUUCAUUUUCAAUUCCUAAGAAUGAGAGAAUUAUUUUAUGGAAUCCGUUUACAAGGAAGUAUAAGAAGUUACCCACUACCCGUGUCAGCAAGCUUCGGCUUUCCCCAGCUUAUCGUUAUGGAAUUGGAUAUGAUGAUGCGAACAAUGACAAUAAGGUCUUGAAAGUAAUUCCAUCAUAUGGGUUGGAAUAUUGUAGGCGUAUUGGCAAUGAAGCAGAAGUGUAUAGUUUAAGACUGAAUUCAUGGAAAGGGGUUGAAAACUUCCCAUAUAGUGACUACAAGUUUUUGCGUAGCGCUUGUUUUGUGAAUGUCUUGAGGUUUAAGGAUGUCGGAGAUUCAUCUUAUUUUGAUUUAUCAGUUUUGGAUGGGUGCCUAUGUUUUCUUAAGAUAAAUGAUUCUAGUGCUGUCGAAGUGUGGGUGAUGAAACAAUAUGGAGAGGAGUUCUGGUCUAGAUUGCCUUUGCUUAUACCUGAUGGUUUCUAUGAUUUGAAUGAAUCUAACUCUGUUAAAUCUUUAGCAUAUUCGAAGAAUGGUGAAAAACUUCUACAGGUAACACAGCAAAAGGCUCUUAUAUGGUAUGACUUGAAGAAGAGUGAGUAA